GCGGGGAGCCGCGGCCCGGGGCGCUCGCCGCGGUGACGGGCAUCAGGUAAAGCCGGCGCGGGCGGAGCCGCCGGGCCCCCCCCGGACCCCCCCGGACCCCCGGACCCGGGCCGCGCGCGCUCGGGCGCCGCCGCCGCCGCCGGCUCGUCGUGGCCGCUCCCGCCACAGCCCGGUGUCUUUUGCUUUUCCUGUCCGCGGUCCAUGAGCAUCCGAGGAUGUACAGCCCCGAGGAGAACCACCGAGGUUCCAACUAUGGGAGCCCACGCCCAGCUCAUGCCAACAUGAAUGCCAACGCAGCGGCAGGACUGGCCCCCGAGCACAUCCCCACCCCGGGGGCAGCCCUGUCCUGGCAGGCGGCCAUCGAUGCAGCCCGGCAGGCCAAGCUGAUGGGCAGCGCCGGCAACGCCACCAUCUCCACGGUCAGCUCCACCCAGCGCAAGCGGCAGCAGUACGGGAAACCCAAGAAGCAAGGUGGCACGACCGCCACGCGGCCACCCCGGGCCCUGCUCUGCCUGACCCUGAAGAACCCCAUCCGCAGGGCAUGCAUCAGCAUCGUGGAAUGGAAACCCUUUGAAAUCAUUAUUUUACUGACUAUUUUUGCCAACUGUGUGGCCUUAGCCAUCUACAUUCCUUUCCCAGAGGACGACUCCAAUGCCACCAACUCCAACCUGGUAAGUCGCCAAGGCUCUGUGUUUUCUACUACUUGAGUUGGUGCGACUGAGUUUGGGUCACAGGGAGUCGUGUUGGCAUGUGUGCAAGGAGAGAGAUGGUGGACUGGCGCCUGU